AGUGUGCCGAGGGCUGGCUCGCUAGCUCUGUCGUUGGCUCUUUGUUUUCGCCUACAGCGUGCGAGUCUAGUCGGAGGAGCUCGUUUAACUGGAAGCGGACGCCCCGGCCUCACUUCUGUCAAAAAGCCACGAAAGUGCCUUGCCGACAAUUGAUGCGUUCCUGUCUCUGGGAUGAUGUCGGUGUGCUUGGAGUCGGGCUUUUCCAGCGAAGAGGUGCUGAGCGUGCGUUUCCCGCUGCAUAGAGCCUGUAGGGACGGCGAUGUGGGCGCCUUGUGCGCACUGCUCCAGCGAUGCGAAACCCGGGCGGACUUGAGCGCCGAAGACUCCUUCUACGGCUGGACUCCCAUACACUGGGCUGCGCAUUUCGGAAAGCUGGAGUGUGUGAUGAGGUUGGUGCAAGUCGGAACAGGAAUCAACACAAUGACGACAAGAUUUGCUCAGACUCCUGCUCACAUUGCUGCAUUUGGUGGACACCCAGAAUGCUUGCUGUGGCUUGUUCAGACAGGUGCCGACAUAAACAGACAAGAUUAUGUGGGAGAGACUCCAAUCCACAAAGCAGCUCGAGCUGGAAGUGUAGAUUGUGUGAAAAUUCUUUUGAAGUAUGGAGCAAAAGCAGACUUGAGAAAUGCUAGUGGCCUGACAGCAGCUGAUCUUGCACAUGCCCAAGGCUUCCAUGAAUGUGCAGAGGUCCUCUCAAAUGUGCAGAACCAACUCAAUCAGCUCAAUGGUUUUAUUACAAAUGGGGUGUUAAAUGGAAUCCAUUCUGAGUCAAGAACCAAUUUCACUGGUGGGCCCAGAAAGCGUUCUCUUGAAUAUCCCGAGUCUAAUCUAGUGAAGAAAGCUAGAACUGAUGCAGAUCGUGAAAUGGCCUUGAUGUACAGAAAUGGUGAAGAUGAGCUAGAAGCCAUGCACACAGAAUCUGAUCCUGCAAACAGUUCAGGUGCACAAGUUUCAGGAGUUGUAAACUACAAAACCUGUCUGGGAAAAGCAUUGGAAAAUGGAUUUCUCGCCAAUGGAGUCCUCUCUGAAGCAGGAAGUAAUAGUAAUGAAGCUAAACAAGGUGCUGACAUCCCUCUAGUUGCUGACAAUGGCUGGAUAAACUCUGCUGGUGAAAGCCAUGGUGCUGACAUGUGUGGUUCACUUCAUCUGGGUGGGAGUCCCAGCAGCUGUGUCCCUCAAAGGCCAACAUGGGUGCCUAGCGAUUUGGCAGACACCUUGCACUAUGGCCAUUUUCAUGGGUUUGGAGACACUGCAGAGAGCAUUCCAGAAGCUAGCAGCCUGGAUGAGCAUUGCACUUCCAUUAAAGCAGAGCAGCGGUAUGACAAUGCAGUCUAUAGUGCCUUGCACAUGUUUCAUGGUUCCUAAACAGUCCACUUCUGUUUCCUUAGUGGUUUUAUGAGUCUGUUAGCACUUUCAUGCAGAGGAGGAAAGAAGGGUCAGAAAAAAAUCCAUUACCAAAAAUAUUUAAGUGUUGCAUUUCUCUCUUUGCUGAAAGGUUGUUCAUUUAUAGUGUUUGUUUGCUUUGCUGUCUUUCCUUUAUGCAUUUUUUAAACAUGUAUUAUUUACAUUAUAUUUUAAGUUUGUAUUUUUAUGUUUUUGGGGACUUUUCCCAAAUAUCUGUGUUGAAACCAACAUGUGAGUGUGGUGGAUUUUGUACAACUUUGUCUUUGUUUUUUUUUUGUUUUUUUUAAUUGUUCUUUGUAUAGCAUCUCGGUUUUGUAAAAUGUUUUCAGAUAGAUUUUGAAAUUAAGGAAAAGUUGAUAAUAUAACUACACAAGUUAAAGCGUUUAAAAAAAAUUCUUUUUUUUUUUUUUUCUAAAGUUAAUUUGUCUAUAGUUAAACAUGCUUUUGGAAAGCAUCAACAAGGUAAUUGUGUGCCAGUAAUUGCAUUUUGAAGCACUAAGUUUAGGGAUUUAUUACUUUGUUCAUUUGAAUUUGUGUUUAAAAAAAAAAAAUGGCAUUUGAGCGUUACAUUCCUAAAUUGUAUUCCUUCUGUAAAUGCUUUCUUUUACUGUAAAUAAAAAAGUAAAUACAGAAA